CUUUUACUUUCCUUCGAUCAUCGAUCAUCACCACCACCACCAUCGCUCAUCAUGGUGUCUAUGCCUUCCUCGUCGUCACUACGGCGAUGCUUCCAGGGACUGAGUCUCUCCGCUCAUGCUUCCUCAUCGUCUCUGCGGCCCACCGCUGCUAGGUUCACCACCUCCUCUCGUCUCAGUGCUGACGAGGGUUCCAGCCGAUCUACCCCUCCUGCUUCCGAGUCUUCCUCCCCCUCACCUUCCUCACCUGCCUCGUCAUCCAAGCCUACCGACCCUGCGUCGGCUACUUCCCCUACGGAGCGUGCCCCCAUCGGGCAGCCAUCUCGCAGCAAUCGUACAAAGAGUCAGCCAGAGGUGCUAGCAGAGGGAGUCACUGGAGAGUCGGGUGGACAGAACACCGCCAAUACAGGCCCUCCUCGUCGUGUCGCAAGGUCGAGCGGCAGUUCCUCCUCCAGAUCUGAGCCAUCGCAGCCGAUGAACUUCAGCGACCUUUCUGCGUUCCCGUCCAUCCUACACAUCCCACAUCCCAUCAUCGACUCUGGGGAAGUCUUGACCAAUGCCCCCUCGGCAGAUUCACCCUACGGCUCCACAGUGACCAUUUACAACAACCCCAAGCACUUCCGUCCAUCGCCCAUGUCUGCUUCGGACAUUGCCCAGGGUGAUGUAGCCACGACCGAGGGUGGUGAAGGCGAUGCUGUGGAGAACAUUCUCGCCGAGGAAACGCCCCUCGGAGCAGCCGAGAUUCGCAAGUUCCACCGACACAUCUUGGUCAUGCGCAGAGUCGUGCGAAUGACCGGUAAAGGAAAGAUCCCAUCCAUGUCUGCCGUCAUGGUGGUUGGCAAUGGCAAGGGUAUGGUUGGAUUUGGAAUGGGAAAGGAUGAGAAUGCUUCUACGGCUAGUCAGAAGGCGUACAAGGACGCGGUCAAGAAGAUGGACUUCGUCAAGAGGUUCGAAAACAGGACCAUCCACAGGAGCGUCGUGGGCGAGUGGGGAGCGACAAAGGUGCACAUGAGGCCAAGGCCGCCAGGAUUCGGCCUGCGAGUCCCCCCUGCGGUGCACGCAAUCGCCCGCUCUUCGGGCAUCACAGAUCUUUCUGCCUCUAUCACCGGCUCGACCAAUCCCAUCAAUGUGUGCAAGGCGGUCCUCUCUGCCCUCUUGUCCGGCGCAGGACCGACGGGCAUGGGCGAUGGACUGGGCGGGAGUGCCAGGAGGCAGGAUCUGGGUGAGGGAGCCAAGACGUUGGAGGAUUUGGAGAUUGAGAGGGGCAGGAGGUAUAGAGUUGUGCGGUCGUAAGGCGAACGAGGGAGCCUGGUGGACGUUAAGCAUUGGUGGACGUUCAGAGCUAGGCAGCUUGAAAAUGUGAACCACUUUGUAAUGGCAGCAUCAAAAGUGGAACGAUGAGCGCAGUCUCCAGUCAGAAGAAGACAAGUGGUG